AUGCACAGCAACUUCCUCACCCUCGCCGUCGCCCUCCUCACCGGCGCAUCCUCCGUCCUCGCCGCCGAUGAAGUCGUCACGCUCUUCAUGCCCCAGGCUGAUCCCCAGCCUCUAGUGGGUAAAGUCAUCGCCACGGACGGCCCCCUCACCACCUACGUAGUCUACUGCGCCGACGAAUCCGACAGCGACGAAUGCGGCAUGCCCGAGGAAGGCUACACCGUCGCAGCAGGAAAAUCCACCUACAACGCGAUCUAUAGUUUCCAAGAUUACUACCUCUCCCAAGGCUGCACAAUCUCAGACUCAACCUACGCCUCGUGCGAAAUCUCCCAGCACGACGUGUCGACCACCCACACCGACAGUGCCAGCAUCACCAUGCCGUCGCUGCCUAUGUUGGCUGUUACCAUUACCGCGACGGAGCUGGAUGGCACUACGGCGAAGGCGAAGGCGACGGCGAAGGCCUCGCCUGAGCGGACUGGCGAGGCUGCGUCUACUUCGACUGCUACUUCUGGGGCUAAGAAUACCCCUGGUGCUGCUGCUGAUGCGGCGUCGCCUUCGUCGUCGCCGACGACUAGUGAUAAUGCUGCUGGGGCGCGUGUCACUGGGAUGUCGGGGUUGGUUGUUGGUGCUGCUGCUGUGGCUUUGGGGAUGGUGUACUAG